GAGUAACUGAGAACAUUUUCGUAUUCUUCCAGAUUAUAAUUGGUUCAGUGCCUCGGAUUCAAGUUAUGUUGCUAAUUCAAAGUUUCAAAAUUUCGUUUUAAUGGGCAUGAAUAUUGCCUCAUUGUCUUGGGAAGAAAGCUUUGAGUGCUUUGUGUGGGAAUUUGAAGAAAGACCUUUGUAUGGUUUGAAAAUUGAAGUGUACGUGUCUUCCUUUAUACAAUGGAUGAAGCUAUUGAGUACAGUAUAGAGAGACGAAAUCCAAGGUAUCCACAAUGCAUGAAGCUAUUGAGUACUGUAUAGAGAGAUGAAAAGACAUAUCUCAUCCAAUAUGCAGCAUGCUCCUUGCAUGGAGAGAUUUUUCAAUGUACCGGAGCAUGAGAUGGUACGUCAUAUGUCAUUAUACAAUUGAAGAGAUUUUUUUUUUUUUUUCAAGUGUAUAAUGACGUGUGGCAUAUCAUCCUAUGUUUGGGGCACACUAAAAAAAAUCUCUUCAUUGGAUGCGUGUAUUUCCUUCUCUAAUGACAUUAUAUAUAUAGGCAAGCUCCUCUUGAAGCAAAAGAUAACUGUUUAGCCUUAACAGUUUGUUAAGCAAUUUCAGUUUUAUUGCCAUGGCUUGUUAUCCCCUUCAACAAAAUGGGUUUUCGACAUCAUAUUCAGAUUCGGCUCCAACUCAUUACUUUCUGAAAAUCGGGUCAUUUUCUUGGGUAACCAAAAUUUCAGUGGACAAAUAUGAGUCGGGAGAAUUUGAAGCUGGAGGAUACAAAUGGAAACUAGUGCUCUACCCGAAUGGAAACAAGAAGAAAAAUGUGGAAGGCCACAUCUCUGUUUACUUGGAAAUGGUUGGAGCUGAUUCACUUCAGACUGGAUUCGAAGUAUAUGUUAAUUUCAGGUUCUUUUUACUUGAUCAGAAUAAGGGAAUGUUCCUGGUUCUUCAAGAUGCCAAUAAAAAGGAAAAGUGUUUCCAUAGGGUGAUGCGUUACUCGGGAUUUGAUAGGCUUAUCAGUCUUAAAUCGUUUACUGAUGCUUCCAAUGGAUAUGUCAUUGAUGAUUCCUGUGUGAUUGGAGCUGAGGUCUUUGUUUGUAAAGAAAGAAGGGCUCGCAAAGGAGAGUUAGUAUCGAUGGUCGACGUUGCUGUUAUGUGCAAGCAUGUUUGGAAGGUUGAGAACUUUUCAAAUUUAGGUGCUGACCCCUACAAAUCAGAACCAUUCACUGCCAGAGAACGGAAUUGGAAGAUAGUGCUCUAUCCUAAGGGACAUAAGAAAGGAAAGGGUACUCAUAUUUCUCUUUUCUUGGAAUUGGAUGAUCCGGAAAAACUUUCUGGUUCCAAAGUAUUUGCAGAGUUUUCCAUGCGCAUUGUAGAUCAAAUGCAUGCCAAACAUGAGUGCUUAAAAGCUAACAACUGGUUCAGUACCUCAACUCGGGAUUUCGGUUGGCCUACGUUCCUUAAACUGGACACCUUCAGUCAGGCAGGUAAUGGGUUUUUGGUGAAGGAUGCUUGCACAGUGGAGGCCGAUGUCACUAUCCGUGGAACUGCAACAGCACUGUAGUCGGCAUGUCGUAUGUUUUAACUGUUCCUAAAAAGAUGUUACGAAUAAAAGGACUAAGGGCCUUGUCUGUCCUUGAUAUUGUAAAAGCACCGUCUAGAUGUGGGUAUACCAUAGUGCUAAAAUCCUUGUUCACCAAAUGACUUGUGAUUGAAGGGUAUUUUGAUGUUUUUAAUUAAUUUUAGCUGAAGUUUGUGAUUUUUGCAAAUUGAAAGGCCUUUUCUUUUAUAA